GCGGGAAAAUGCCUGUUUCUUUUAUUUUAUUAUUUUGACGAGCGCCUGAUUUCACCACGAUGGAUCACCAAAUUGUUCGUGCGGCUCGUCACUUAGUCUAGCCUAGACUGAACUUCCGCUUAAUUUGGUUGUUUUUGUUUUUGUUUUUGAUAGUGUUUUGUUUUUGUUAGUGUCAUCAGAUUUUCAGAUUUUAAAAUAUUAUCAUUCGGUUUCCAAGCCUUCAGGUCAAAAUCAAAACACUGGGAGUUCGCUUCAUCAGUAGGCUCUAGAUCUAUGUGGUACUACGAUUAUUAACUAAUUUUCGAAGAAGUGAACGGAUGCCGUGGUCUUCUCUUUUUUUUUGGGGGGGGGGGUCUUUUUAUUCCCCCUUCUUCCACCCUUCCAGUUUAAGGUUCGGGAGGAAAUAGGUGUAGCUGAACCUCAUCGACUUGUUACUUCUAGACCUUUUUUGUCCGUGGCCUAUACCCUGGUGCAGGGUGAGAAAGGCAAUGAUGAGGCCUAUUAUUGUUUAUUUAGUUUUGGAAGAAAUGGACGAAUCAAGUGGUCUCUCUCUCUCUCUCUCUCUCUCUCUCUCUCUCUCUCUCUCUCUCUCUCUCUCUCUCUCUCUCUCUCUCCCUCCCUUUCCCCCCUUUUAAAUUGCUUUUCCCUCCCUUUUCCACUCUUCCAGUUUAAGGUUCCGGCGGAAGUGGGUGUUCCUGUCCUUGACCCUGAUCGUGCCAGCUGUGUUGUGCUCUCUGCUGAUGAGCGCUGUGUUCGUCCUGCCCUUUGAAUGCGGGGAGAAGAUGAGCUACUCUCUCACCGUGCUGCUCACCUUCAUCGUUCUCCUCACACUGGUCGCUGACAGUCUGCCGCCCAUCUCCACCGAGAUCUCUGUGCUGCAGAUCUACUUGACCGGCGUGAUGUGCAUGGGCACGGUGGCCACCCUCCUCACGGCCUGGACGGUCACGAUGUACAGCCGACCAGAGGACGACCCCGUGCCGCGAUGGGUCAUCUCUACGUGUGACAAGAUCUUCAGACCCUUCGCCUGCAAGACCAAUUAUAUUAAUAACGCUGAUCGCCGGGACAGAAAGUAUAAUGAUUUGUCGGAGGACGCUGUGCAUUUCACGGAGACUGGUGUCACUAGCGGUCAUCUCGGAGAGAGACCAGGGCGCGAGGGAGGCGGGGUCAUGACCACCACUACGUGGAAGGACGUGGCUCACCUGGUGGACGCCGUGUGUCUCAGGGUCAUCAGUCUGACCAUCCUGGUGGGAACGUGUUCCCUCAUCCUCUUCUACAGCAUCUCCUACUAA